GACGCUCGAGCAGAGAGGUCGGGAAGAGGCGGCUGAGGCUGUGGCGCGGUGGGUGAUAAGAUGACCACCUUGGUGCUGGAUAAUGGAGCCUACAACGCCAAGAUCGGCUACAGCCAUGAAAACGUCUCGGUUAUUCCUAACUGUCAGUUCAGGUCAAAAACAGCACGUCUGAAAACUUUUACUGCUAACCAGAUAGAUGAAAUUAAAGAUCCUUCUGGACUCUUUUACAUCCUUCCUUUUCAAAAGGGCUACUUGGUUAAUUGGGAUGUUCAAAGACAAGUUUGGGAUUACCUUUUUGGAAAAGAAAUGUAUCAGGUAGAUUUUUUAGAUACUAACAUUAUUAUCACAGAACCAUAUUUUAACUUCACUUCAAUUCAGGAAUCAAUGAAUGAAAUUCUAUUUGAAGAGUACCAAUUCCAGGCAGUAUUAAGAGUAAACGCUGGGGCUCUCAGUGCACAUAGGUAUUUCCGAGACAAUCCUUCUGAAUUAUGCUGUAUCAUUGUCGAUAGUGGAUAUUCCUUUACACAUAUAGUUCCAUAUUGUAGAAGUAAAAAGAAAAAAGAAGCAAUUAUUCGGAUAAAUGUGGGAGGAAAACUCCUAACCAAUCAUCUAAAGGAGAUCAUAUCUUACAGGCAACUACAUGUAAUGGAUGAAACACACGUGAUUAAUCAAGUGAAAGAAGAUGUGUGCUACGUAUCUCAGGAUUUUUACAGAGAUAUGGAUAUUGCAAAAUUGAAAGGAGAAGAAAAUACAGUAAUGAUAGACUAUGUUUUGCCUGACUUCAGUACAAUUAAAAAGGGCUUUUGUAAGCCAAGGGAAGAGAUGGUAUUGAGUGGAAAAUAUAAAUCUGGAGAACAGAUCCUUCGUCUGGCCAAUGAAAGAUUUGCUGUUCCAGAAAUACUCUUUAAUCCUUCUGAUAUAGGAAUUCAAGAAAUGGGAAUUCCAGAAGCUAUUGUCUACUCAAUUCAGAACUUACCUGAAGAAAUGCAGCCGCAUUUUUUUAGGAACAUUGUUUUGACAGGAGGAAAUUCCCUUUUCCCAGGCUUUAGAGAUCGAGUUUACUCAGAAGUUCGAUGUCUUACUCCAACAGAUUAUGAUGUUUCUGUUGUCUUGCCUGAAAACCCUAUUACAUAUGCCUGGGAAGGUGGAAAACUGAUAUCAGAGAAUGACGAUUUCGAAGAUAUGGUGGUUACAAGAGAAGAUUAUGAAGAAAAUGGACAUAGUGUCUGUGAAGAGAAAUUUGAUAUUUAAGAAACAUUUCUGAACGAAAGUCUUGACUAGUUGUGACUGGAAGGUUUAAUUUCAGUGUUCUUUUUAAAGGAGGUUAAGGACCUGUGUGUGUUACCUUUCAUCCUAAGAUAAAGUCUUGAUCUUAUGUAAAUACUUUGAUCUAUGGCUAAUUUUCUAAGGCUUUCCAGCUAGGUUAGUGCAGUAAACUGUAACUAAGCCUAGAUUUUCCUUUAGGGGCUAGACCACCAUACAAUGCUUAUGCUGUUCCUGAGAGUAGAUUUAUUUUUCAUUAGAAGAAGAGUGACUGCAUUUUAAAUUUAGUUCUUUAUAGCUAAUGGUACAAACUUCACUGAUUCACUGGUCAGUUUUCCUUAAAAGGUAGUUCUGUGUGACUUUGACUAGGAAUUGGCCAAACUGUUUUUCAGGCUGUUAUGAUUUCUCUCUUUGUAUGUUUAGAACUAAGUAUUUUAUUUAAAGAUUAUCAUUCUUAUUUAUACAUAUUAAAAUGGGAAAGACUAAUCUUAUGCAGGUGUGUGUAUGUGUGUGUGUGUGUGUAUGUGUUUUGUUUUUUUACUUAGUACAUUUGACAGAGUGAAGACUUUUCAAGCAAAUUUACUGAAGUCUUUUUGGUCAGUACUAUGUUAGCAGAAAUAUAUUCUUUCACUAAAAAAAGUA